CAAAGAGAGAAUCCGCCGGUGUUUAAAGGGAAGCAUGAUCCAGAUGCAGCCUUGGGAUGGUUGAAAGAGAUCGAGAGAAUCUUCCGUGUUAUGGAUUGCACUCCAGCUCAGAAGGUUCGGUAUGGUACUCACAUGCUAGCAGUCGAAGCUGAUGACUGGGAAUUCAUGAGAAAGUAUUAUCCGGAAGAUGUCCGUGGUAAGAAAGAAAUUGAGUUCCUUGAACUGAAGCAAGGAAACAUGUCUGUCACUGAUUAUGCUGCAAAAUUUGUGGAGCUGUCCAAAUUUUAUCCUCAUUACACUGGUGCUGGUGCUGAAUUUUCAAAGUGCAUCAAGUUUGAGAACGGACUGCGCUCUGAAAUUAAGAAGGCUGUUGGGUAUCAGAAGAUACGCAUUUUUACUGAAUUGGUUGAUAGCUGCAGGAUAUUUGAAGAAGACAAUAAUGCUCAUUACAAGAUUGUCAGUGACCGCAGGGGCAAGCAACAUCAAAAUCGUGGCAAGCCGUAUGAUGCUCCAGUGGGAAAAGGGAAACAAGGAGCUGCUCCGGCUCAGAGGACUAGUAGGGGAGGUGAUCCUGCUGGUAUAGUUUGCUUCAAAUGUGGUCAGGCUGGUCAUAAGAGUAAUGUAUGCACUGCUGAAGUAAAGAGGUGUUUUCGCUGUGGUAAGACUGGCCAUGCAAUAGCUGAUUGCAAGCACAAGGAAAUGAUUUGUUUUAAUUGUGGCGAAGAAGGGCAUAUUGGAAGUCAAUGUCAGAAGCCAAAGAAAUCUCAAACUGGAAAGGUGUUCGCAUUGACCGGAACUCAAACCUCCAGUGAGGACAGACUUAUCCGAGGUACAUGUUUCAUAAAUGGUACUCCUUUAAUUACUAUUAUUGAUACCGGUGCUACACACUGUUUUAUUUCUGCUAACUGUGCUCGAAGACUGGGUUUAAAAUUGUCCGCUUUUGAUGGUGAAUUGAUUGUUGAGACCCCAGCUAAGGGAUCAAUAACUACUUCUUUGGUAUGUUUAAAAUGUCCUUUGUCGAUCUUCGAUAGAGAUUUCUAUGUUGAUUUAGUAUGUUUGCCGUUGGAUGGGAUGGAUGUAAUUCUUGGUAUGAACUGGUUAGAGUAUAAUUAUGUUCAUAUAAAUUGUCAUCAUAAGUCGGUAAGGUUUUCCACUCCUGAAGAGGAAGGAGUUGACUUAUUACCUUUCGGAGAAUUGCGAAAAUUGAUGAAAGAGGGAGCUCAGAUGUUUUCUUUGAUGGCGACGUUGUCGGUUGAGAGUAAAGCUAAGAUUGAGGAACUGUUAGUGGUGAAAGAAUUCCCUGAAGUUUUUCCUGAUGAAAUUCCUAGUGUGCCGCCAGAGAGGGAAGUUGAAUUUACUAUUGAUCUGGUACCUGGUACUAGGCCUAUUUCGAUGGCACCGUAUAGAAUGUCGGCAUCGGAAUUGUAUGAAUUAAAGAAGCAAUUGGAAGACUUACUUGAGAAGAAGUUUAUAAGACCAAAUGAAGACAUCCAGAAGACAGCGUUCAGAACUCGGUAUGGACAUUAUGAGUAUUCUGUGAUGCCUUUCGGUGUUACUAAUGCGCCGGGAGUAUUUAUGGAAUACAUGAAUCGUAUUUUCCAUACUUAUCUGGAUCAUUUUGUGGUAGUAUUUAUUGAUGAUAUUUUGAUUUACUCUAAGUCCGAAGAAGAGCACAAGGAACAUUUGGGAUUAGUGUUGGAUGUUUUGAAAGAUAAGAAACUUUAUGCGAAGCUGUCCAAGUGUGAGUUUUGGUUAAGAGAAGUCGGUUUUCUCGGACAUGUAAUUUCAGGAAAAGGUAUUGCUGUAGAUCCUUCCAAGGUCGAAGUUGUUUUGCAAUGGGAGACCCCUAAGUCGGCUACCGAAAUUAGAAGCUUUUUGGGAUUAGCUGGAUAUUAUAGAAGGUUUAUUGAAGGAUUUUCUGAGUUAGCACUUCCGUUAACUAAAUUAACUGGUAAAGGUAAAGCUUUCGUGUGGGAUGUUCAUUGCGAAGAAAGUUUUAAUGAAUUAAAAAGGAGGUUGACGUCGGCGCCGGUUUUGACUUUGCCAAAUCCGGAGGAACCGUUUAUAAUCUACUGUGAUGCUUCAUUGAUGGGUUUAGGAGGUGUGCUCAUGCAAAAUAAUAAAGUAAUUGCUUAUGCGUCGCGACAGUUAAGAAUUCAUGAAAAGAACUAUCCUACGCAUGAUCUUGAACUUGCUGCUGUGGUGUUUGUGCUAAAAAUCUGGAGGCAUUACCUUUAUGGUUCCAGAUUUGAAGUUUUCAGCGAUCAUAAAAGUUUAAAGUAUCUAUUUGAUCAGAAAGAGCUAAACAUGAGACAACGUAGGUGGUUAGAAUUGCUUAAGGAUUAUGAUUUCGGGUUGAAUUAUCAUCCAGGAAAAGCAAAUGUUAGGGCUUUGGGAACUAAGCUGAGAUUGAGUUCUGCAUAUCAUCCGCAGACUGAUGGUCAGACUGAGAGG